AUGUGUUGGUGCAUGCAUGUGUUGGUGCAUGCAUGUGUUGGGGCAUGCAUGUGUUGGUGCAUGCAUGUGUUGGGGCAUGCAUGUGUUGGGGCAUGCAUGUGUUGGUGCAUGCAUGUGUUGGUGCAUGCAUGUGUUGGUGCAUGCAUGUGUUGGGGCAUGCAUGUGUUGGUGCAUGCAUGUGUUGGGGCAUGCAUGUGUUGGGGCAUGCAUGUGUUGGUGCAUGCAUGUGUUGGUGCAUGCAUGUGUUGGUGCAUGCAUGUGUUGGUGCAUGCAUGUGUUGGUGCAUGCAUGUGUUGGUGCAUGCAUGUGUUGGUGCAUGCAUGUGUUGGGGCAUGCAUGUGUUGGUGCAUGCAUGUGUUGGUGCAUGCAUGUGUUGGGGCAUGCAUGUGUUGGUGCAUGCAUGUGUUGGGGCAUGCAUGUGUUGGUGCAUGCAUGUGUUGGUGCAUGCAUGUGUUGGUGCAUGCAUGUGUUGGUGCAUGCAUGUGUUGGUGCAUGCAUGUGUUGGUGCAUGCAUGUGUUGGUGCAUGCAUGUGUUGGUGCAUGCAUGUGUUGGUGCAUGCAUGUGUUGGUGCAUGCAUGUGUUGGUGCAUGCAUGUGUUGGUGCAUGCAUGUGUUGGUGCAUGCAUGUGUUGGGGCAUGCAUGUGUUGGGGCAUGCAUGUGUUGGGGCAUGCAUGUGUUGGUGCAUGCAUGUGUUGGAUGCAUUGGGGCAUGCAUGUGUUGGUGCAUGCAUGUGUUGGUGCAUGCAUGUGUUGGUGCAUGCAUGUGUUGGUGCAUGCAUGUGUUGGUGCAUGCAUGUGUUGGUGCAUGCAUGUGUUGGUGCAUGCAUGUGUUGGUGCAUGCAUGUGUUGGUGCAUGCAUGUGUUGGUGCAUGCAUGUGUUGGUGCAUGCAUGUGUUGGUGCAUGCAUGUGUUGGUGCAUGCAUGUGUUGGUGCAUGCAUGUGUUGGGGCAUGCAUGUGUUGGGGCAUGCAUGUGUUGGUGCAUGCAUGUGUUGGUGCAUGCAUGUGUUGGUGCAUGCAUGUGUUGGUGCAUGCAUGUGUUGGUGCAUGCAUGUGUUGGGGCAUGCAUGUGUUGGUGCAUGCAUGUGUUGGUGCAUGCAUGUGUUGGGGCAUGCAUGUGUUGGUGCAUGCAUGUGUUGGUGCAUGCAUGUGUUGGUGCAUGCAUGUGUUGGGGCAUGCAUGUGUUGGUGCAUGCAUGUGUUGGUGCAUGCAUGUGUUGGUGCAUGCAUGUGCUGGUGCAUGCAUGUGUUGGUGCAUGCAUGUGUUGGUGCAUGCAUGUGUUGGUGCAUGCAUGUGUUGGUGCAUGCAUGUGUUGGUGCAUGCAUGUGCUGGUGCAUGCAUGUGUUGGUGCAUGCAUGUGUUGGUGCAUGCAUGUGUUGGUGCAUGCAUGUGCUGGUGCAUGCAUGUGUUGGUGCAUGCAUGUGUUGGGGCAUGCAUGUGUUGGUGCAUGCAUGUGUUGGUGCAUGCAUGUGUUGGGGCAUGCAUGUGUUGGUGCAUGCAUGUGUUGGGGCAUGCAUGUGUUGGGGCAUGCAUGUGUUGGUGCAUGCAUGUGUUGGUGCAUGCAUGUGUUGGUGCAUGCAUGUGUUGGGGCAUGCAUGUGUUGGUGCAUGCAUGUGUUGGGGCAUGCAUGUGUUGGGGCAUGCAUGUGUUGGUGCAUGCAUGUGUUGGUGCAUGCAUGUGUUGGUGCAUGCAUGUGUUGGUGCAUGCAUGUGUUGGUGCAUGCAUGUGUUGGUGCAUGCAUGUGUUGGUGCAUGCAUGUGUUGGGGCAUGCAUGUGUUGGUGCAUGCAUGUGUUGGUGCAUGCAUGUGUUGGGGCAUGCAUGUGUUGGUGCAUGCAUGUGUUGGGGCAUGCAUGUGUUGGUGCAUGCAUGUGUUGGUGCAUGCAUGUGUUGGUGCAUGCAUGUGUUGGUGCAUGCAUGUGUUGGUGCAUGCAUGUGUUGGUGCAUGCAUGUGUUGGUGCAUGCAUGUGUUGGUGCAUGCAUGUGUUGGUGCAUGCAUGUGUUGGUGCAUGCAUGUGUUGGUGCAUGCAUGUGUUGGUGCAUGCAUGUGUUGGUGCAUGCAUGUGUUGGUGCAUGCAUGUGUUGGUGCAUGCAUGUGUUGGUGCAUGCAUGUGUUGGUGCAUGCAUGUGUUGGUGCAUGCAUGUGUUGGUGCAUGCAUGUGUUGGUGCAUGCAUGUGUUGGUGCAUGCAUGUGUUGGUGCAUGCAUGUGUUGGGGCAUGCAUGUGUUGGGGCAUGCAUGUGUUGGUGCAUGCAUGUGUUGGUGCAUGCAUGUGUUGGUGCAUGCAUGUGUUGGUGCAUGCAUGUGUUGGUGCAUGCAUGUGUUGGGGCAUGCAUGUGUUGGGGCAUGCAUGUGUUGGUGCAUGCAUGUGUUGGGGCAUGCAUGUGUUGGUGCAUGCAUGUGUUGGGGCAUGCAUGUGUUGGUGCAUGCAUGUGUUGGUGCAUGCAUGUGUUGGGGCAUGCAUGUGUUGGUGCAUGCAUGUGUUGGGGCAUGCAUGUGUUGGUGCAUGCAUGUGUUGGUGCAUGCAUGUGUUGGGGCAUGCAUGUGUUGGUGCAUGCAUGUGUUGGGGCAUGCAUGUGUUGGUGCAUGCAUGUGUUGGUGCAUGCAUGUGUUGGUGCAUGGCAGCACAUUCACUCCCUGCCUCCUCUAGACAUCUGCCACCCCGUUCUGCCCAUUCCCACCAUUCCGCUCUCUCCUCUUCCCCUUCACCUUCCCAACCCCCCCUCGCCAGGCACCCCUGUGUGGCUUUCCUGGACACGGACGUGGGUCAGCCUGAGUUCACUCCGCCCGGCCUUGUCUCACUGCACCUCCUCUCCCACCCCGUCUUCGGUAGCCCAUCUUCUCCUCCUUACCUGCCGCCUCCGUUUUCCCUGCCCCCCACUGCCUUCCAUUUCCAUCACACACUACAGGCCACACAGCUUUGCACCAGCGCACGCCCCUGGCAAGCCACCUGCCACCCUGCGCUCCACCAGCGCACCCCCGUUGCAAGCCACCUGUAUGGCGACAUCAGCCCCGGCAGCGACCCAGCGCUGUACCUGCGGCAGAUCUUCUCUCUCUACGACUGCUUCAGACAGAACUACUACGAUGGGCAUGGAGCAGCGGCAAUACCACUGGUGAUCAACACACACGGAUGGAUCAAGGGCAUGGGGUACGACGCCCUGGUUGAUCUGAUUCGCCACGUGGCGCCCACACACGUCAUCUCGCUGCUUGCACCCGAUGCAGCAGACAACCUGCCUGGGGGGCACUUCUGGCAGCCGGGGGGGUUCGCCCCCGAGGAUAUCAACCCAAGGCUACACACUUCUCUACUUAACCCCUUCUAUGUUUCCCCCCUCCGCUCCCCCUCCCAUCCAAACCUCUCCGCCCAUCUCCCAGGCAUAGGGUACGACGCUUUAGUGGAUCUGAUGCGCUACGUGGCGCCCACACACGUCAUCUCUCUGCUCGCCCCUGAUGCAGCGGACAACCUGCCUGGGGGGCACUUCUGGCAGCCGGGGGGGUUUGCUCCCGAGGAUAUCAACCCCAAUAUGACGCCCCUGGGGGGCGUGGGGGGCGGUGGCAAGGGCGCCGGGGGGAUGGCGGAGGAGUGGGAUGGGGAGGGGGAAGGGGGGGAUGUGGGGAGUGGGGGUGGAGAUGGGGGGAUGAGAGUGGGGGAGGAAGGGGGACAAGCUGGGGGGGGGGGUUUCGAGGGAGGAGGACAGAACGGGGGAGGAGAGGGUGUGGGAACAGCUGCAGCAGGGCAGGGGGCAGCAGGGGCAGUAGCAGCAGUGCGCACAUCAUUGAUCACAAUUACAUCGCUGUCUGCCAGCGCUGGUCCCGGCGUGAGCAACUCCUUCCGAGUGGCACACGAGCAUCGCAGCCUGCGGGUGCUGGCGGCAAUCCGCUACGCCCUCUCCCCCGCCCGCCGCCUCGCCCUCUACAAGCUCGCCCGCCACAUUCCCCCCCACCCCGCCCCACCCACCGCCACCGCCCCCUUUUUCACCACCCUUCCCUCUUCCUCCGCCGCUCCUGCUGCUUCCUGCCCUCCCGCACGCCCCUCGCCCGCCCUUCCCGCGCCCAUCUUCCUGUUCCCGUUUGACGAGCGCUGGGAGAUGGCUCGCUGUGCGCGCCUGCUGGCGUGGCGGGCGCCCUUUGAAGUGGAUUUAGGGGAGCUCCAUGUGGGCUGCGCGCAUGGCGAGCUCUCCCCCGCCAACACACUCAUCACCCUCAACGCCGCUAUCGUCGGCCUCUGCUCCUCCUCCCCUCCCCCUCUCCCCUCCAUGCCACCUCCGCCCUCCCUGCCCGUUGACCCCUCCGCCUCUGCUCAUGCUGCCGCUACUCCAACAGCAGCGGCGCCACCAGCACCACAGCCAGAAGCAGCAGAAGCAGCAACUGAUGCAGCAGCAGCAGAGAUGGACAUAGCAACAGACCCAGCCGCAGCAGCAGAGAACAACACAGCAGCAGUGCCAGGAGCAGAAGCAGGAACAGCAGCAGGGGCAGCGCCAGGCUUCCCACAUGUGGUGUGGAACCCUCAAGAAGCCGCUCUCCUGCCCUGCCUCUCCUUUGGUACUGCCCCGCCAUCUGCUCUCACACUCUCCACCACUCCCCCCUUCAUAUCACACCGUGUGGUGAGGGGCGUGGAUGCCAGCAGGGGCGUGGCACAUGUGGUGGCGCCACUACCGCUCGCCCGCAUGCAUCACGUUGACACGCUUCUCAUCUCGCACCUCCACCUGCCCUCGCCGCUGCUCCUGUGCAACGACCUGGUCUCGCCGUACCUCUGCUUCCACUCGCUCGCCGAUGCCACUUUGGGCGCCAAGGAGCUGCCCAUCAGAGAGGUCAAGCGGUGA